AAUAGAUACCUGACAACUGACAAGUGACAACUCAUAGAACAACAUAGAACAAUAAAUAGUCAAAAAUACAAUUUUCCUUAGAGUUCAGUUUUGAUUUCUCUUUUGGACAUCCAAUGGCUGAUUUUUCUAUAAAUCCAGCUCUAGAUCAAGAACUAGAAGAUAUUCGCACAAGGGAUGUUCCUGGUCCUCCAGACGUUACAAAAUGUCUAGAAGAUUGGUUGACCAAAGGUGCAAAUUACUCUAUUAAAAAGUUGACAAGUGACAACCAAAUUGGUUGGGACAUUUUGCAUAUAAUUGCAAGGUUUGUCGAUGGGACACCUGUGGGAUCCCAUGGAGAUUGGAAACAUCUUGCUGGUCUUCUUGGCCUCCACAUUCACGACAUUAUUAGGAUUGAAAACUUUUCUACCAUCAAGGGAGCUACUUUAGAAAUUCUGAGCCAAUUUGCACUUAAAAAUCAUGCCAGUCUUUCAAAUUUGCUGGAAGCUCUCAACAUCAUGGAACGCCAUGAUGUUCUUUAUGCCAUUUCAGAAAAAUUAAAAGCUUUGUUCAACCCCACUUCAACAUCCAAUCAAGUGGAAGAUUCAACUCCUAGUCAACUAGUCAGCGAGACAGAUAGUGAAAUGGAUUCUGGCAUGGAAUUUAGUAUUACGGGAGAAGGUGACCCAGAAAACUUGAAAUCUGUUCCACUAGGUUCAAGCUUAUCACCGCCGAUCGAAAACAAGCUUCAGAAUGACUCGAAAGGCUCUGACAAGAAGAAGUAUAAGAAAACGGUGCUUUUGACGUUUACCCAAGACGGCUACGAAAUAGCCAAUCAAGUUGCUCGUCAAAUCCGAUCCUCAAACCUGGGAAUUGGCGUUUUGAUUCUAGAAGAAAACAGAGACGAGCUGGAAUUCUGUGGCGAAAGUAUCUACCGCUGGUACCAAGAAGUCGACUACAUCAUUCCCAUCAUCACAGAAGAAUACCUGUGGCAAAUCUCUCCAGGAAGUGCCGAUACACAAGACGUUGCUGGCCAAUCUGAGCCCACCUGCCUAGAUGCUCGAUACGCUCGUCUGAUUUACGUCAUGAUGUUGGAAGAAUACCAGCGAAACCAUUGCUUAAACUACCGUGUCCGUCCAUUGGAAUCGAAUCUACUCGUCAGACGAACCCACUACCUUCUCCGAAGUCCAAUCUUCAGUUUCCGUAAAGGAGUCAAUCAAGUUGACAAAUUGGCGUCGAUCCUUGCACAAGCUAAGAUUAGAACUAAUAUCCAUUAGAUUGUAUCUUAAGCAUUUGUCUUUUCUUAUAUUGUUUUUAUGGUAACAAAGCGCCGGAAGCUGACUCGAAUUGUAUGUAUAUUUACAGAAAAAUUCAUUUCAGCGGAGCGCCAUUGAGUAUAUGUAUAAAUAUGUAAAUCGUUGGUAAACAGUUUUAUUAAUAAUCACUUUCCGCUCA